GUGAUGGAAAGUUAAUAUCUGAUAAUCUUAAUGUCAGUGAAUUUAAAAAAAAUAAUAAACAAAUAAUAACAUCAAUUGGAGAUAAAAUUGUUAAUGAUUGGGAAAGUGGAUUAGUUAAUCCUGGUUUAAGAGUAGGAUACGCUUUAGCAUCUUUGAUCUGUUAUCAACCUUCAAUAAAUAAAAAACAAGAACUUAUUUCAUCAUCACAAGAUCAACAAAUUGAUUUGAAAUCUACAAGAUUUUAUAAAUUAAUGGUGAAUGCAAUUCAGGACAUUACUUUAACUGAUCAUUGGUUAAUUAGAUUAAGUAUUGUUUUAGAAUGGUGGAAUUUUUUCGAAAUGGGUUUACAAGAAUUAUUGUCUAUUCAUACAAGUAUUAAUAGAUAUUAUGGUAAUAAAGAUGAAGUAAUCAUAAAAAAAUUAUGGGAAGACUUGAUGAAACGUUUAGAUGAUGUGAAAUUUCCCAUAACAUGUCAAAAUAUCAUUUUGGCACUUUCGG